CUAAUAUUUGGAAUCAAACCAAUUCACGAAAAUCUCUCAAUCUCUCUCUCUUUCCGAAAAUCCCACCAUUCUCUUCUACAACAAAUACAAUACUAAUCCCCAUUGACGUUUUCUCUCUCUCUUCUCUCUCUAAUAUUAGAUUACGAAUUGCCAAAAACCAUAUACAAUAAAUACAUAUAACCCACACCAUAACGUUAUGGUGGACUCGCAGCCAUUCCUUUCUCCCUCGCGGGAUGUUCUACUUCCUACGUCGUACGGUUCUCUCCAUGACGGAGCCGAUAAGCCGGAUCGCCGCCGCCGCCGACCCAUUAAAGGGCUCGUCGCGGUGGCCAGUGGGUUGCUCAUGGUGGCUUUAAUGGCCGCCAUAUUCGGUACCAAAAUCAGACAUGAAGACCCGACAAACGGAAAUGUAUCAACAUUGUCAUCGUCGACAUUGAGAGAACAACCCGCGGCGGUGACGGUGAAGCCGUUGUCUCGUGGCGUGUCGGCAGGCGUGUCGGAAAAGACGAACCGGCUUUUCGGCGGCGAAAACUCGGCAGCGUUUCCGUGGAAUAACAGCAUGUUGUCGUGGCAGAGAACGGCCUUCCAUUUUCAACCAGAGAAAAAUUGGAUGAAUGAUCCAAAUGGUCCAUUGUUCUACAAAGGAUGGUACCACUUCUUCUACCAAUACAACCCCAAUGGUGCAGUGUGGGGAAACAUAGUCUGGGGUCAUGCCGUGUCUAAAGACUUGAUCCACUGGUUGCACCUUCCCCUGGCCAUGGUUGCCGAUCAAUGGUACGACCAAAAUGGCGUCUGGUCCGGUUCUGCCACAAUCCUCCCGGACAAUAGAGUUGUCAUGUUAUACACUGGCUCCACCAAUGAGUCAGUGCAGGUCCAAAAUCUUGCAUACCCUGUUGAUCCUUCUGACCCCCUUCUCAUCAAAUGGGAAAAGUACUCUGGCAACCCGGUACUAGUCCCGCCACCGGGCAUCAACAAGAAGGACUUCCGUGACCCGACCACGGCGUGGUUGACAUCAGAAGGGAAGUGGAGGAUCAUCAUAGGGUCUAAGAUCAACAAGACUGGAAUUUCUUUGGUUUAUGACACCCUUGAUUUCAAGACCUAUGAGCGGUUGGAUGGAAUCCUUCAUGGUGUGCCUGGCACCGGGAUGUGGGAGUGCGCAGAUUUCUACCCGGUUUCGGAGGUCUCCAAUGAGGGGAUGGAGACGUCGGCCAAUGGCCUCGGAGUUAGGCAUGUGGUUAAGGCUAGCCUUGAUGAUGACAGACAUGACUACUAUGCAAUUGGGACUUAUGAUGAAAAGAAUAGUAAAUGGUAUCCUGAUAACCCCAAGAUUGAUGUUGGGAUUGGAAUUAGGUAUGAUUAUGGCAUUUUCUAUGCUUCCAAGUCUUUCUAUGAUCAGAAUAAAAGGAGGAGAAUCUUGUGGGGUUGGAUUUCAGAAUCUGAUAGUGAACUUGCUGAUGUGAGGAAGGGAUGGGCAUCACUUCAGGGUAUUCCCAGGACAAUAUCGUUGGACAAGAAGACUGGUACAAAUCUACUUCAAUGGCCAGUUGAGGAAGUUGAGAGCUUGAGAUUAACCAGCUCAGAAUUCAACGAUGUGCAGGUCACGCCUGGAUCGGUGGUGCCACUUGAUAUUGGCACGGCCACACAGCUAGACAUUGUUGCGGAGUUUGAGAUGGAUAAGAAGGCUUUGGAGGAGACAGCUAAAGCCAAUUACACUGAGUUUAGCUGCAGUAUAAGUGGUGGUGCUUGGCAACGUGGUGCUUUGGGACCCUUUGGUCUCUUGGUUCUUGCAGAUGAUAUCCGGUCUGAGCAGACUCCUGUUUACUUUUAUAUUGUUAAAGGAUCUGAUGGAAAUCUCAAGACUUUCUUCUGCACUGAUCAAUCAAGGUCUUCUGUGGCAAGUGAUGUGAAUAAACAAAUCUAUGGUAGUUUCGUUUCAGUUUUAGAGGGUGAAAAGCUAUCUGUCAGAAUAUUGGUUGACCAUUCCAUAGUGGAAAGCUUUGCACAAGGGGGUAGAGCAUGCAUAACAUCGAGGGUGUACCCAACAAGGGCAAUCUAUGGAGCUGCACGGAUUUUCGUAUUCAACAAUGCGACCGAAGCCACCGUAACGACGUCACUUAAGAUAUGGCAGAUGAACUCCGCAUUCAUACGGCCCUUCCACCCUGAAAAGAAGCGACCUUCUAAUUGAGCAGAGCUUUCAAGUGUAGAGAUGCUUUUGAUAUGAUUUGUUUUGUGGUCCACAAUUUCUCAUGCACCAAAGUAAUUGACAUAAACUUGUCAUUACUUUUAAGUACCCUUCUAAAUCCCCUCAUUCCUUUGCCAUUUGUAGGAUAGAAAGGGUAAUUGUUUGUUGUCCCAUCACAUGGGAAUUAUAUGUGCUCAAAGCUUCUUUUGAUGAUCAAUGUACAUUAAUGUAGUGAAUAGACAAUUGAAUUAUUGAAGCUGAGACUUUAAAAUGUUCUUUCUUUUGCAAAGAUUAGCCAAAUUAUGGGAA